AUGAGAGUAUCACUAACCAAGAAGGUUUCCUCACUUUUUUCGCUAGAUAUCGACGAGUGCUCCACCAACUCUCACAGCUGUGACGUUAAUGCGGUGUGCAGUAAUACUGUUGGAUCUUACGCAUGCGCAUGUACAGCAGGAUUCACAGGGGAUGGAUUCACAUGCACUGGUAAGCCAUUUGAGUUUAAUUUCGUUUGUAUGAUAUGUUUGUUUUUUGAGUGAACAACAACGACAGUAAUGCAAAAGUCUUUUGUGCUCUUCUCGCUUUUUACAGUUAAAGUUUUGGUUUGGCAGGAGUUUAAAUUAAUUUUAGUGUUAAUGCAAUGUUUGUGUGCAAAAGCUCAACACUGUCAUGUCAUUUUGGAAAAAAGCCUAAAACCAUAUUUGUUAAAACAUAAAAACAACAAACAAACAAGAACAAAAAAAAUGACUACAUUCACCUUAGGGACCAGAUGUAAACCAUCAGGUAGAUUUAAUAUUAGUUAUUCUAACGCUUUACGUAACUUACAAUUCUCAUGCAGAUAUCGACGAGUGUUCUAUCAACUCUCACAGCUGUGCCGUUAAUGCGGUUUGCAGCAAUACUGUUGGAUCGUACGCAUGCGCAUGUAAAGCAGGAUUCACAGGCGAUGGAAAAACAUGCUCUGGUAAGCUGUUGCGGUGUUGUAAAAAACGUUUCCAAAACGAUGUGUGUGCCUGUAUUUUUUGUAUUCGAUCUUUACAUUUAAACAUGUAGAAUACGAUGGGCAUAUAACCUCAAUGGUUCGAAAUAACAAUUACAGUAAAACUAGAAAUACGUAUCUCGCAAAAUUUCACUAAACUCGGUCUUGCACAAUUGUCAAGCCCAGCCGGUUAGAAAAUGAUUGGGUGACCUGGCUCUAAUCUGUCGUUAGACCUGGGACUCCUUUCUCUCCUGUCUUCUUUUUUGUUUCUUUAUUCUAUUUGAUGUUUAAAUGCGUAUUUUAAAGCAUAUUCACCAUUAUUUCGGCUUAACCUCCAUUCAAUUUGAUCAAUAGUAUGCCAACCGAGUAAACAGGGUACUUUGCUGUUAUAUUUAAUAUAAAUUCGUAUUGAAUCGUUAUGCAUUUCAGAAAGGAAAUUUACUCCCUCGAAUACUCCCUCUUACUAUAGCUGUUCUGAUAUAAAGCUAAGAGGAAGUCUCACGUAUAAGCUAUCGUGAGACGUCCUCGCCUUUUGAGAUUCUUUCCUUUCGAAUUGUGUUUAUUACGUGUAAUCAGAAACUCAUAAGGGGUUGAAACGUGUAACUCUCAUAUGUUUGCUUUUUGGGAUGCUCGUGAUUAUUCAUUUUCGAAAGUACCAUAUUUGGAACGAGAAGAAGAGAUAACAGACCAAUCAAACUUCGUAAAAAAUGUGACGUAAUUUUACUUUACGUUCCCGUGCCCGCUUAAAAAAAUGACCUACUAACCGAGGGAAAACUCCCGAAAGCCGAGAAAGCUUUUAAAGGUUGAAACCAGGAAUCUUACCGAAAUACUGAGCAGGAUGUUACUGCCUUGCCAACCGGGCCAAAUGUAACAUUGUGAAACCCAUUGACGUCCUCGCAACUUCUUGACGUUGUCACUUCAAAAAAAGAUGCCUCGUUGACCCUUUGAACAGUAAACUAAAAACUGCAAAUAGGCUUUUAAAAUUGUUAUAUUACUAGUCUAGAAUAAACUGUAAAAAAUAUUUUCGAGUAAAAUUCAUUAGCUUCGUACCGAAAAGUGUCCAAACCCUGAACCUGACAUCUUCGCAAAAAGUGAUGCGUGUAAUGAAUGUGAGAAGCAUUGAAUCUUAAAUUCAGCUUGGAUGUUGUAGUCAAGAUCGUGUGUUGAGCUAAUUUUAUGAAUGAACAAUAUCAAAACAAUAGACAGAGAAGCCGUUUCUUGAAAAUUUUUAUUCAAAAUCCAAAAGGUUAAUCCUUUAAAGCAAUUCGGAAAACACUAUUUGGAUCGUGGAUCCGUUCACGCAAGUGUACGGAGCCCUAAAAAAGUGAAAUCGACUGAGCACAUGGCAAAAUUCAACACAAAAUCCAUAUCAAAUCAGGGCACAUUUUGUAUUUUUUCUUUCGCGCCGAAGAGAAAAAUUUAUAAAACGUCUAUAAAACAUUUAAAAAUACAUAAAUUCCGUUUCAAAAACGUAAUUGUCUUGGCAAUAGAGUGCAAAAUGUACCUGAAAAUUCAGCAAAAACUUCGCUGCCUUGGUUGCAUUUAACAGACCAUGCGCUCCGACGUGAAGAAAACAAGGUUGAAUUCCUCGAAGGACGAUUUCUUGAUGAAAAGCUUCCCUUCCUCCACAAAAAGAAAGCUGAGUAUUCUUUUGAACUUUUUGUUUCCACUUUUUGUCUUUUAACGGUGUAUUUUUAACCUUGAAAUGCAGAACUCUUGCCUCAAAACAUCUGCAUGGUGAUAGUGCGGCAGCCAUUUUGUUGAAAAUGGAUAUCCGUCACUAAGGUUUCCAAAUACGGUAAAAGUGAAUAUUCACGAGAAUUGAACGCAAGCUACACGUUUCAACCCCUUAUGAGUUUCUGGUGUAAUUUAAUGUUUCCCCCUCCGUUUAUAUGUAAAAGAGGAAAAAAAAUCGGAUUACCUAUGAUUUUGCUGCAUCACUAAACAAGAAGGCUUCCUCACUUUUUUCGCCAGAUAUCGACGAGUGCUCUACCAACUCUCACAGCUGUGACGUUAAUGCGGUGUGUAGUAAUACUGUUGGAUCUUACGCAUGCGCAUGUACAGCAGGA